UAAGCAUAACAGGGCAGAGUAGAAGCUCAAAAUAACUGGGCCAUUCUUCUUUGAAUUUUCUCGCAAAUCUACCUCAUGUGCUUCAAAUGCAGAAUCAGCUUCAAAUUGGCGAGGAAUUCUACUUAAUCUAUCUCUGUUGAUGUGGGUUUUUUUGCUCGAUAAUCAUUCUAGAUCUUAGUAGGACUCCAUGGGACAUCUAUCAACACUGCUGUUUGUCCAUGUUGAAAUAACUAGGGUAAAGGCCUAACGGGACAAAUGAAAGUUCAUGGAACACCUCAAUAAAUACAGCUCAUAAAUUUGUGCGGAUGAAUCAUUCUUUUUGGGCUCAUUCAUCAUUUCUCCUCUCAAAAAGCCCCUCAAUGGCGGGUCCCUGACCUUCUAGUCCCUUCUCUUCUCAUCUGCACAAAGUAGCUGCAAUGGAGGGGAGCAUCCUUGAUUCCCUUGGCAAAGAACUAAUCGGGGUAAUGUCCCCUGUCUCAAUUUGCAUGCUCCUAGUUGUUCUUUUGGUAUCCAUUCUUUCUCCGUCCUCUUCUUUCCCAUCUUCCCCUACUCCAACCCCUAUUGUCACUGCGGCCAACCUAGUCUAUUCAGAAAAUCCAUCCGAUUCUACAACCCAAAAAUUUGAAGGCGCUCUUCUUAAUGCUGCUGUAUUUAUUGUACUCAUUGCAGUAGUCACCUUCAUCCUUGUCCUCCUUUACUACUAUAACUUCACCAACUUUCUCAAACACUAUAUGCGCCUAUCUGCUUUUCUCAUCCUCACCACUAUGGGGGGUGCCAUUUUUCUCUCUCUCAUCAGCCAUUUCUCUCUCCCCUUUGAUGCCCCCACGUGUUUUCUCUCUCUUUUUAACUUCUCUGUACUUGGGGUUGUCUCAGUAUUCGGCAGAGGGGUUCCAAUUAUCAUUACCCAAACUUACACUGUGAUUUUGGGGAUCAUUACUGCUGCUUGGUUCACCCAAUUACCUGAAUGGACUACCUGGGGGCUGCUGGUUGCUUUGGCGUUGUAUGAUUUGGUUGCAGUUUUAGCUCCUGGUGGUCCGUUGAAGAUUCUAGUGGAACUGUCUCAGUCGAGGGAUGAUGAUCUUCCAGCUUUAGUUUAUGAGGCAAGGCCUACGGUUUCUACGUCUAGUGGCGGGGGAAGAAGAAAUGGGGGUUUGGGGCUUUUGGUUGGUGGGGUUUCAGAUAAUUCGUCAGUGGAGCUUCAGAAUCUGGCAACAACUAUUGGAAAUCAUUCCAAUGAGGAGAUUGCAGUUGAUGAUGAAAGAGAGAGAAUGAGGAAUGAAAGGAGUGAUGAUCAAGGGGAAACAAUACCGUUGGUGGUAGCGAACUCAAGUGAGAUUGGCGUGGUAGAUGAAGAAAGGUCACCCCUUGUGGAGAUGGUUGCUGGGGAGGGGAGAGAUGGCGGUGAUGGUAAUGAGGAAGCCAUGACUGCUGGUAUCAAACUUGGACUGGGAGAUUUUGUGUUUUACAGUGUUCUUGUGGGUAGAGCUGCAAUGUAUGAUCUUAUGACAGUAUAUGCUUGUUACCUUGCUAUUAUAUCAGGGCUUGCUUGUACUCUCAUUUUGUUGUCCGUGUGUCGUCGAGCGCUACCAGCCUUGCCUAUUUCAAUUGCUUUAGGGGUAAUUUUUUACUUCUUGACUCGAUUGUUAAUGGAACCUUUUGUUGUUCAGACGUCAACAAAUUUGAUGAUGUUCUGAUGAAGCAACUUCCUCCACACCCAAAAAAGGAAUAAGUACUACAGUCUACAGAAGAUUAUGUUUUUCCAAGAGGGUUGUUCUAUUUGCUAAGAGGUGUUGUGUUGUUUGCUGUAUUUUUGACCGGGCAACAAGCCAACACAUUCUUUUUCAGAGUUCUCGACAUGGAUGACUGAGAUUUAUCAAAUCUUUGUCUCUGGUUUUGCUGAUGUGGAAUAGAGUGUACAAGAAAUGCAUUCAUCAAUUCUGAUGCUCGUAUAUUUUGCUAUGAGAAGUGGUUUCACUCGACCAUGGAAGGUAAUGGUGUAGCUGGCAAUUAAGAUUUUUUGCGUCAAUGCUCAAUUGUUUCAUUAUAUUCCCUCUGUCCCUUUAUUUUUGCCCCAUUGCCAUUUUUUGGGUCAAACUUUGAAAACUUUGACCAUAAUUUACUGUUAAUCUAUAAAAGAUAAUAUAGUCAUGCGUGAUCUUGUUAAAUUCGUCUCAUUGUAUAUUUUAUUAAUAUCAUGUUUUUAUAAUUUUUACGUAUAUGAAAAUAAAGAUAUAGACGUUUUAAAACGCGUCAUAGAGACCGCGCACAGUCAAAUGGGGCAAAAUAGGGACAGAGGGAGUAGUUAUGUUGUGCCAAGAAAUGAUUUUCACACUCCUGAUAUUAAUUUUGGCAUUCCUCUUUGUGACCAAUACCUUAGUAAUACUGUAACUACGCAAAUUCAAGAUUGCAAAUCAAGACAAUUUUUGCGCAUGUCUUUCUUUUUUCUGCUUCAUGUUAAAACUAUAUCCUUUUAAGACUAAUUGUUCGUACAGUUUUGCAACUUUUUUAAGCCUCUUUACAUUCUAGGACUAAUUGUGUAUUCCUUAUUUCAGAGUAUUUUCAAUUUGAUGUUGAUAGGUGCUAUUAAUGUGAGAUUACUAUAAACAUAGCUUGGGUUAGGUUGGCAUUUGAUUCAUUAAUUAUAGCCUGUGGGGUGUGCUCACCCUUUUAGCUUCAAAGUUCUAAAGUCACUACCUAAAACUAAGUACUUUUUUGGCGGAAAUUUAUGACCAAAAAAGUCAUAAAUAUAUGAAAAAGAUGAUGCCACUUUGAUUCUAAGAAGCAUAUGCCUGAGCUUAAAACCAAUAAAAAUAAAAAGGGAUAUAUUUGAUCUAAUUCAAAGAUAUUUUAGCACAUGUAAUAGCAAAACGUGCUCGCAUGUAUGAUGUAGACGAGAUUUUAAUUUCAAGUCUUUAAUACCAUUUUCAAGAUUUAACAAGUUAAAUUAGUUUAUAAACUCUAGGAAAAAUGAGUGUGAUUCUAGUACAUCUGUGGUACAUCUGAACAAUAGACAUCUUAAUCCAUCUUCCCUCUGUUGUGAGUUGUGACAGAAGUGUCCUAUAAAAAGAGAAGUUGAUUCAUUAGAAGGCGAUAAAAUGAUACAAUAAUAGUAAUUAAUUAGUGUGAUUUUAAAAUUACAGUCAAAAUAAUGUUAUUCAACAUUUAAAAUAUCUACGAAAUUUCCAUCGUAAAAUUCUAUCACUACCCUUUCUAAAAUUAGAAUUAUAUAAUUAUACAUGAAUGCAUUAUCAUCUUCAAAUGUUAUCGUAAUUAUAAUCUUGUCUUCUGGCAUAUGAUUGAUGUUGAGCUUUAUAUCAAGUAUUCAAGCAUACCCAUUGAGGAUAUACUAGAAUUUUUGCCUAACCCUUAUUUUUUAUUUAGCUUACAUCAAUCUUUUGACUCGCAUUUCAAAUUGUUUGCUUAUUUAUUUCGGCUACCAACAUAGUAACAAACAUUCCUUGGCGUGAAGAAGAUGAGAAGAUAUCAGCCUCUAAUUUUGAACAGAUCCACCAAUACUAUAUUGGUAUUAACAUAUACGUAUACGAUUAUCUCUUGGUGGGUGUAGCUAGGUUACACAUACGGUACCUUAUGAGGAGGCAUUAUUUUCAUUUGGAGUAGAAAAGGUUGUAAGCGAGACAUGGUGUAGAUGAUAUUCAAUUUGAUGUCAUGAGUACUAAUCCAUGACUGUAACCAUUUAAUAUAAUCGACCAGGAUAUCAAAAAUAAAUGUAUCAUGGCGAUUAGAGGCCUAUGUAUGCAUGAGAAAAUUUCGGACAUUUGAAUAAGAAAGUUUUAAAUAAGACCGUUUAAUAAUAGUAAUUAAAUGCAAACAUGAAAUAUUGCUCCAAAAAGGUAACAAUUCACUAAGGGCCUCACAAUAAAUAGUUGUUAUUCUUGUGAAAUGUUAUCAUAUGAAAUUUUCCCUUCAUGAAGAGGUUUCCUAAUAUAAUUUCUACAAACCAUAAUCCAAAAAAAAAAAAAAAAAAAAAAA